AUGGUCAAUUUUUUAGAAUGUAAAAAUCUUUUAAAAUUGAGUUCUACAAAUUUAAGAAAUGAUCAAAAUGAUUUUAAAAAAAAUGAAUGUAGUAAAGAUAGUUUUAAUAAUUUUUAUUCCAAAUUUAUAAAUAAGUCAUUAGAAAAUCAAUUUGAAAAAGGUGAAUUUAAUGUAGAAAUUUGGACUAAAAGUUUUAUGGAUGAAUCAUAUUUAUGUCCUGGUGUUCUUGUUAGUAACAAACAUGUUUUAACAACAAUGUUAUGUGUUGGAAAUAUUGAUUUAUUAGAUAAUUUUAAAACUUCGAAAAAAUUUAAGUAUCAUCCUAAUGGAAAUAUAUUUAUCAAUUUUAAUAUGGUAAAAAAAAAUGAGGAUUCUCAUAUAUAUCAACGUGGGUACAUUGAUAAUGAUAUUUUUCAAUUUCGAAGACAAAUAAAAAAUAUUAUUCUUCCAUAUAAAAAAAAUCAUUUUGAAUAUGAAAACUUUAAAAUAUUUGUACUACUUGAAUUACGUGAUUAUGUUCCAUCAGGUAUUCAAUAUGUUUGUUUACCAAAACCUAAGAAUAAUAAUUUAUUAUUUGAAAAUAAAUUUUUAUUAAAUAAAAGUAAUGAGCAUUAUUUUAUUUAUGGAGCUGGAGAUAAAUAUUUUAGAGAAGGAAAAAUUUUAUGGAAACGUUACAAACCAAAAAAAAGAAAAAAAAUAACUUUUUAUAAUUUUUUAAGUAACAUUGAAUGUACCUAUUCAAUAGGAUAUAAUUCUACAACAGAUGAUAAUUUAUGUCUUAUGGUAUCACAGGAAGAUAUAUCAGAAGAUGAUAUUGGUUCAGGAUGUUAUAGAACAUAUACUGAAAAUGAUAAUAAAAAUAAUUUUAUAACAGAACUUUUUGGAAUGAUAGUAUCAGUAUCUAGUUUUGAUCCAUUAAAUGAAUAUCCUGAACAAAAUAUUGUAGUAAUUAAAAAAAUUUCAAGAGAGGAUAAAUUAUUUAAAAAUAUCAUAUUAAAUUAA